AUGUCGGGCAAGUUUCCCAGUCCACCACCGCUGGCAACUUCAGAAACGAUAGGCAGUAAAUCAGGAUUUCAAGUUGAAUUUCGGGAGGGUUAUUAUUACAUUGCUGCGGUUCCACCUGACUGUAAAGAUCUUAAAGUCGGGGACAGAGUGCUAGAAAUAAAUGGGGUGAAAGCCUUCAACUUUGGUUCAACGACGACAGCAAAUGAAUUAUUUGAUACAGUAUGUAUGGUCUUUCUCCCAAAGGAAGAACUCAUGAAAAAACAAAACGGGACGUCUUCAGAUGAAAAAUCACUUAGUAGGAGAGGGAGGCGGUCCGUAUAUGAAGAAGAGGCAAGACGGGCAGGAGCCGAACGAAUAAGUUCAAGAAACCUGGGGGAAACGCUGCGGAAAGAAAAAGAGGAAGAAGAUGAAAUACGACACAUGGAAAGGGAGAUUCGACAAUUGCAAAAAGCAGAUCGAGAACGACGAGCAGAUAAAGAACGGCGGCGUAGCCAAAUCCUUAGCAGUUUUGCUCUGCCCAAUGGAGAAUUAAAACUUGGUGAGCGACCUUCCCUUUUGUUUUCUCCUCCUCAAACAUCCAGCAAAAGGAUACUGCAGAGUUCCAUUAUGGAAUCCAUAAAGAGAUCACCUUCCACCUCGGAUCGCAAAAAGAGCCAAAUACGGAAUGCCAUCAGCGUUCCUUCUACUCCAAUGACUUCCGAACAGCCAAAGAAAACAAAGGAGCAGAAAUCAAAGGAACGAAAGUCAUCCAGCCUCUCUCCUACUCCAUUCACAACCAGAAUCGAUUCAACUCCUGAACAACCCAAGAAAGCAAAGGAGCAGAAAACAAAACAACGAAAGUCUUCCAGUGUUUCUCCUGCUCCCCAAUCCAAAAUCGAUCCGUCGACUUCCGAACCGCCCAAGAAAGCAAAGGAACCGAAAACAAAAGAACCAAAAACUGAUAUUGCUUCUGCUGCUCCAUCCAAACCGGAAGUACCCAAAAACCCCAGACCACGUGAGCCCAUGUCCCCCAAUCCCAAUUCGGAUGCACCCAAAAUGCCAAUACGGCGGAGUUCCGUCAUGGUGGAAAGGAAGGUACGGGAGCUGGAACGAGCGGCACGAGCACGCAAUGGAGGAAACAUUUCGGAACCGCUUUCCCCGGAAGAGAACAUGAAACCCAAAGUGAGGAUUCCGUCCAAGGUCCUUGACAGAAAACUGAGCAAGAGCAGUAGUGGUGGGUCGAAAAAGUGGUCGUCCGAAUCAUCAUAA